GUGAUGCUUCUCCUCCACGGCUUCGGUCCAUCCUCUAUGUGGCAGUGGAGGCGACAGAUUCAAGCCUUCUCUCCGUCCGCUUUCGCGCUAUAUUGUCCCGAUCUUGUUUUCUUCGGUGACUCUACUAGUUCCUCCACCAAUCGCUCCGAGGUCUUCCAGGCGGAGUGCAUGGAAAACCUAAUGGAGAAAAUAGGAAUACAGAAGUUUAAUGUGGUUGGAACAAGCUACGGAGGAUUUGUGGCGUACCAUAUGGCAAAAAUGUGGCCGCGAAAAGUGGAGAAAGUAAGUGAUUGCAAGCUCAGGAAUCAACAUGGAAAGUGUGACAGUGAAAGUUUAUUGCAAAGAUCCAACUGUGAGUGCAUUGAGAAGGUUAUGUUACCAUCAACUGCCACAGAGCUGCGGACACUUAUGGGGUUAGCAUCUUCUUCGAGGCUAGUUCGUGUGUUUCCUGAUGCUCUCUGGAACGACGUUAUUAGUAAUUUAUAUCAGAAGAAUAGAAAGGAGAAAGUAGAACUAUUGAAAGGGGUGACUCUUGGCAGGGAUGAGAAACUAAACAUCGAUCCUCUUUCUCAGGAAGUCCUUAUAAUUUGGGGAGACAAAGAUCAGAUAUUUCCGGUGAAGAUGGCCUACGAACUAAAAGAGAUUCUUGGAGAUAAAACAAAACUGGAAAUCAUUGAGAACACUUCACAUGUUCCCCAGAUCGAAUGUGCUCAAGAGUUCAACAAUAUCGUUUUGAAAUUUCUGAAGGGAUCUCAAUAACAAUAUUUAUACAUUUACUACAUGAUAUUUGAUUAAGCGUGGUUAGUAGUAAACAUAUAAACUAUUUAGUAAUUUACGUAACAUUGCUACUUGCUCAUGUUUUCAUGUAACUUUAUAAUAUUGGUAAGAUGAAAUUGAAGAUCAUUAAGAACAGGUUCCCCA